CCACUAUCGAACCACUUGCAAGUUCCUCUUAAUUCUCCUCUUAUAAAAACCACUACAAACUUCCAAUCCAAUAAGAAACUGCACCUUAAAUAAAAUUAUGAACCUACCCAAUUCAAUCAGAAUUAACUGAUACUCCUCCUCCGAUCUUCCUCUUAUUCAUGCAUAUAUGCCCUUCAACUAACGAUCAAUCUAGCCAGCCUCACAUGCUGCAUUGUUCUCCAGGCCGAAUAAAUUGAAAUAUAGGAUUAUUAUUAAUAUAGUAACACUAAUAACAGUAGUAAUAAUUUUUUUUAUUAAAAGAGAAGCAAGAAAUGGAAUUAUUCACUAAGUGGGUUCUUGUUUUGGCUAUCUUGAUUUCCGUGGAAGCUUCAUUUGUGAUGUCGCGAGUUAGCCGAGAUUAUCUGCAGGCCCCUUUCCCUGCACCCGAGGCUGCACCUGCACCCCAUGAUGGAGAGGGCUAUUCCUCCUCCUCCUCCUCCUCCUCCUCCUCCUCAUCAUCAUCAUCAUCAUUAUCCUUCAAUGUCCUAGCUUAUGGAGCCGUAGGGGAUGGCAUUGCGGAUGACACAUCGGCAUUCAAGAUGGCUUGGGACGAUGCGUGCCGAAGCAACUUAUCAUCACCCGUCGUGCUAGCUCCGGUUGACCUCCUUUUCUUGAUCCAACCAACCAUCUUCAGCGGCCCUUGUAAAAACCCUCUCACCCUUCAGAUUGAGGGCACCAUAAUGGCACCAGAUGGACCGGAUUCAUGGCCCAAGAAUGUGACAAAGAAACAGUGGCUAGUUUUCUACAGAGUGAAUGGAAUGUCUAUGCGAGGUGGUGGAGUGGUUGACGGCCGAGGUGAGAAAUGGUGGAACCUUCCCUGCAAACCCCACAAGGGAGUAGAUGGGACAACUCCACCAGGUCCUUGUGACAGCCCAGUGCGAGCAGGCUUUAAGGUUCUUCACAAGCUCAAAAUUGAGGGUGGGGGAGCUUACGAUAAAGAACAGCCCAAUGUUCCAUUUCCGGUUUGACCACUGCAAUGAGGUCCACAUUGAUUCACUCCACAUCAUAGCACCCCCACACAGCCCCAACACUGAUGGAAUCCACAUUGAGAACACUUAUGAUGUCACUAUACAAAACUCCAUAGUCUCCAAUGGUGAUGACUGUAUAUCCAUUGGAGCAGGCUCUUACAAUGUAGAUAUAACCAACAUGACUUGUGGCCCUGGUCAUGGGAUUAGUAUUGGCAGCCUGGGCAUGAAAAACAGUAGGGCAUGUGUAUCAAACAUAAAGGUGAGGGAUUCAAGCAUCCGGGAUUCUGACAACGGAGUCCGGAUCAAGACGUGGCAGGGUGGGUCCGGAUCCGUUUCCAACGUUGCCUUUGACAACAUAAGAAUGGACAACGUCCGGAACCCCAUCAUAAUAGACCAGUAUUACUGCAGCCAUGCCGCUGGCGUCUCCUGCACAAACCAGACCUACGGAGUGUCCAUAUCAGGUGUGACAUACUCAAAGAUCAAGGGAACUUUUGACAUCAGAAGCCCUCCAAUGCACUUGGCCUGCAGCGAAACUGUCCCGUGUACCAACUUAACCUUGUCCGAGGUUGAGCUGUACCCUUCACAAGGGCAGAGAAUUUCAGACCCUUUCUGUUGGAAUGCCUAUGGGGAUCAGGUUACUGCCACUAUUCCUCCUAUCUCCUGCUUGUUGGAUGGUACUCCUCAGUCAUUUCCUAGUAUUACUUAUGAAGAUCAUUGUUCGUGAUCCAUACCUGAGGCUAGGCUGGCUACGAAUUACAUAUAUUGGACCUUAGUUUUGCAUUAAUGGUCAACAGAUGAAGCUAAUUAUGUUGCUAGGAAAAUCCAUCAAGCUUAGCUGGCUAUGGGUAUGAUUUAAUUUAUUAAUUUGAAAUGAGAAUUAGUGUAACAUGCAGAAUAAUGU